UAGUGAUCUUUACGCCGAUAGAAAGCAGUCAACGUUUGAUCAGCAAGUCAGGUGGACAUCAGGAGCAGCAGCCGGUAAGUUAAAGAUACAAAGAGUUACUACAGCAAACAUGUGCAAGCUAGUCAUCCUUCUCGUGGCGGCCGUGGCCAUCGCCGUCACUCACGCUCACCCACACUCUCACCCUCCGUGUCCGUCGAUGCACGUGCUGAGAGAGUGUAAAUGCACCAGCCCCUACAACGGCAACCCUAGCAUCGUCUGCGAUGGUCACUAUAUGUCCAGCAGCCAAGCGUUCAGCGUCAUGGUGGCGUUGCCUCGUGGCAUUACGUAUUCUCACAUCGAGCUGCAUGGGUUCUAUGACAUGGAGGAGGUGCCCGAGUACGUCUUUGACGCGCUGCACUUUGCAACACGGCUCGCUAAAGAUUGAUGACAGUCACCACGACGGGGUGGCGCCAGUGCUGCUGAACACUCCUUUGAAAGAUGUAUCAUCUGGAAGAACUCACGCCUUUCCUACUGAAGCUGACUGCUGUAACCAACGCGCUUCGGCCCACCAUCAUGCGACCACAUCG